AAUAACCCAAAAAAGGCUAUCAAGAUGAUUAAUUGUGAUUAAGAACGAUAUGCUCGAUAAAGUUUUAAUUUAAUGUUAGUUGGUGGUGACGCACAAUGGAGACCAGACACUUGCUCGUGGUGUGCUCGGCUUUGCUGAGUGUGGUGCAGUCGGGGAAGCAUGACAUCUACUCUGGGCAUUCAGUCUACGGAGUUCAGGUCCGCAAUAGAGACCAUCAGAUGCUCCUGCAUGACCUUGAGAUGACACUGGAGCUGGACGUCUGGCAUCACGGCAUUAUCUCGGAGAGAGAAGCUCUCAUCAGAGUGGCCCCUGAGAACAAGGCAUAUUUCCUGCAAGCAUUGGAUGACGAGGGAAUAGAAUAUUACGUGCACCUACAAGAUGUUGCUCAGGCCUUAGAAGAGGCAGAAAUUGAAAGGAACUCGUGGCGGGCUUCAGGACAAAAUAGGAUGUUGUUCAAUGACUACCCCCGAUAUGAUGAAAUUAAUGAGUAUAUGGAUAUGAUUGCUAGCAGGUACCCUGACCUGGUCAAUGUUGUCACAGCCGGUAAAAGUUUUGAUCAACGAGACAUCAAGUACCUUAAGAUUUCAACAACCAAUUUCGAAGACAGCAGUAAACCUAUCUACGUGUUGACUGCAAUGAUCCACGCGCGCGAGUGGGUCACCACCCCAACCCUCCUGUACUCCGUGUUCCGGCUGGUGGAGAACUUGAGGAGUCAGGACCGAGACUUGCGGGAUGACAUCGACUGGAUCAUCAUGCCACUCCUCAACCCUGACGGUUACGAGUACUCACACGAAACCGAUCGUCUCUGGCGAAAGACAAGAUCGUACAGACCUCACAUCAAUGACACAUGCUGGGGUGUGGACGGUAACAGGAAUUACGAUUCCGUUAAUUUCGCUGCAAUUGGGGCUAGCCAGGACCCCUGUUCGGACAUCUACCCUGGACCUGAACCCUUCUCUGAAGUGGAGACUGCUUACGUCCGAGACGUCUUGCUGGAACAUGUGGAUAGGAUCCAGAUAUUCAUGGACGUUCAUAGUUUUGGCAAUUAUAUAACGUAUGGUUAUGGUGACGGAACGCUGCCACCGAAUUCUGCUCAGUUGCAUCUGGUGUCUGCUGUGAUGGGGGCAGCUAUGGACGUGAAUAAACUGCCCGAGGCAAAUUUCUACCGUUUGGGCAACAGUGGCCUCUUGAUGUACUUCACCGCUGGGUGUGCCCAAGAUUAUGCUCAGUCUAUCGGUGUUCCCUUUUCAUUAACGCUCGAGCUGCCAAGCUACGGACACCGAUUCGAGGUUCCGCCAAAGUACAUCAGCCACAUCAACGAGGAGACAUGGGAAGGCAUCGCGGCCAGCGCCAGGGUUGCCCGCACGUUCUACAGGGCGAAGGCGACUCCUCCUAUCAACCCUCCUGUUAACCCUCCUGUUAACCCGCCUGUUAAUCCUUCGAACAAUAAUUAA